CGCGACGGCAGCGGGCGAGACGAACGAAGCAAGGAAAUGCAUCUUUUCUGUUUGCCUUCAUUAUCUGGGCUGGCAGUGCUGCUGUUCCUCCUCUUGGCCCCUGAUGGAGGCCGUGCUUUCUCCCCGCGGAGCCUGCGGAUGUCAGCAAAUCUAAGGGUGAGCCAGCCGCAAACACACACUCCAAGAGUGGCUGCAUUGAUUCAUCAACGUGGCUCGCAAUCCCUCUGGUCGCCGCGCUGCGCUCGGGGGACAAGGCCAACACAAUCGUCGUUUCUCCCUCGGUGAGAGAAACAAAGCACACAACCAGGGAUGCCAUGCCGUUGGCAAGGACACUCAUGGACACUCAUGUAUGUCGUUUGAUUGCAGGUGGCCAAAGCCAACUUCUGGUCCUUGGGAGAGGACCUCUCCGCCGCAGUGGCUGGAGGCGCCCCGUGGCUGCAUUUCUCUGUCCAGGACGGCAGAAUGGUGCCCAAGAUCUCGUUCGGCUCGCCCGUCAUCAAGAGCCUCCGCAAGCGGCUCCCCAACACGGUGUUUGACGUCAAGCUCGGCGUGAUAGAGCCGGAGCACCGGGUGGCCGAGUUCAUUGACGCCGGGGCGGACAUCUUGUCUGUCCACCCUGAGGCGACUCUGCAGCUGCCCGCCGUGCUGAAUGCGAUUGAGGAGGCGGGAUGCGCUCCGGUGCGUGUGCACACGGCAUUGCAUCGAUGGCCGCGCAACUUCCUUGCACACCUGCCUUGGUACCUGGUUGGUCUUCAGGGUGUGGUGGUAAACCCGGGAACACAGCUUUCCUCGAUAGAACACGUGCUCGAGCAUGUGGACGUCGUGGUCAUCAUGCUUGUCAACCCGGGAUGGGGCGGGCCCAAGUAAACCCUGCGACACACACCGAAACACACGCGGCGCCGAGAGACAAAGAGACAGAGAGAGCGGUCCUUCCCUUUCUUGUGUGCCACGUGCAGGUACAUGAGGGGCGCCCUUGAGAAGAUCCGCAGGCUGCGGCUGAUGUGUGCGGAGCGGGGGGUGAGCCCAUGGAUAGAGGUCGAUGGUGGCGUGAGCCCUAAGAAUGCCGGGGAGCUGAUUGCGGCUGGUGCGAAUGCGCUUGUGGCGGGUGGCUCGGUGUUUUCGGCGGCCGACAAGCGGCAGGCGAUUCAGGAGCUGAUGCAGAGGCCGGGCGUGUGGGUGUGAUGGCUCCAUGACUUCGCGAUUGAUCGGCUGGCUGUGUGGGCGUCUUGAGAUGAGUUUUUCUGUCUGUGUUUUUCUGUGUUGGUUCGGUGUUGUCGAGUGAUGUAUGUGAGAGUUGAGAGUUUUCUACGUAGCGAGUGGUGUUCUGUGUGCGUUGUGUUUCAUGAAGCUCGUUUCCUGACCGUGUGUGUGCAUGUGGCUCGUCCGCCAGGUCCUCUGCUCACCGACUGCACACACAUCGUCGGAGGGUGUUGGCUCUGGUGGUGCGGUCGCGUGCUCUCAUGCUCAGAGUGGGAAAGACCAAGGGAGUGGCGGACGGAUGACGACAUCUCAGUUGUGCAUAUACGAAAGCCGGAAGAAUCAGUUCG